AUGUCACUGUUGGCAUCUUUGAAAGAAUCUGCCUCCAUCUUGCCUUCCCUGUGGAAAAACCAAGUAACCUUCAAAGAGGCUAAGAUAGAGUUUGAGACGUGGGCUCCACAGAAGUGGCACUUGAGGCUGGGGCGAGUGCCAUUACCUUCAUGUGUCCAGGUAGGAGUCUUGAUGCUGGUAGUGAUUUUUCUACCUAGUAUAUACUGUCACUUGGGAUCAGUAUAUUACUCUUUCUAUGAAAUAAUUAUUCCCAAGAGGCUGACAGUCCAGGAAAGCGAUAACACAGUGAAAAAAGCAUCCUAUUUGCUAUUUAUGCAGGGCCAGGAAGAGGUGAUUCAUCUAAAAGUGAAGACGGACGAUUUUAUGAAUAACUUCCCAGUCUACAGUUACCACAGUGGCAUCCUGCGUCAAGAAAUGCCUUAUAUCGCACAUGACUGCCACUAUGAAGGCUACAUAGAAGGAGUGCCAGGUUCUUUUGUGUCUGUCAACACCUGUGCAGGCCUCAGGGGCAUCCUGAUUAAGGAGGAAAAAUCCUAUGGCAUUAAACCCAUGAACUCUUCCAAACGGUUUGAACAUGUGUUAUACACCAUGGCACAUCAAGCUAGAGUCUCCUGUAGUGUCACUUCCAAAGACAACCAGGUGGUGUCCACCAGCCGGCAACAAGGGAGCAGGAAGCCUCAUAAUGUACAGGCACUGUCCUACUUGUGGUCGCACACCAAGUACGUGGAGAUGUUUGUCGUGGUCGACAACCAGCGGUUUCAGAUGUGGGGCAGUAACAUCAAUGAGACAGUCCAGAGAGUAGUGGACAUUAUUGCUCUGGCCAACAGCUUCACUAGGGGAAUAAACACAGAGGUGGUGCUGGCUGGAAUGGAGAUUUGGACCGAGGGGGACCUAAUAGAGGUCCCAGUGGAUCUGCAAGUUACACUCAGGAAUUUCAACAGCUGGAGACGAGAGAAUCUCUUCCAUCGUGUGAAGCAUGAUGUUGCCCACAUGAUCGUCGGGCAUCAUCCUGGGGAGAAUAUGGGCCAGGCAUUUCUCAAUGGUGCCUGUUCAAGCGGUUUUGCGGCAGCUGUUGAAUCCUUCCAUCAUGAAGACGUCCUUCUGUUUGCAGCGCUCAUGGUCCAUGAGCUCGGGCACAACCUGGGUAUUCGGCACGACCACUCGGCCUGCAUUUGUAAAGAUAAGCACCUUUGCCUCAUGCAUGAAAAUAUCACUAAAGAAAGUGGCUUCAGCAACUGCAGCUCUGACUCCUUUUACCAGUUCCUUCAUGAACACAAAGGGGACUGCCUAUUUAACAAGCCAUGGCACAAAGGCCGCAUGCGUAGGGCCUCCCGCUGUGGAAAUGGUGUGGUGGAGGACUGGGAGCAGUGUGACUGUGGCUCUGCCUGUCACCUUGAUCCAUGCUGUGAUCCAGUAUGUAAACUGAAGGAGAGUGCUGAAUGUGGUCACGGACUCUGCUGUACUGACUGCACCUUCAGAAGGAAGGGGUUUUUAUGCCGUCCUUCUCAGGAUGAGUGUGACCUCCCAGAGUAUUGUAACGGUAUGUCUGCAGAAUGCCCCGCAGACAGCUACAAGCAAGAUGGCACAUUGUGUGAUAGAAUCCACUAUUGCUCUGGGGGUCAGUGUAAGAACCCUGAUAAGCAAUGCACGAAUAUAUAUGGGUACCCUGCAAGAUCUGCCCCAGAAGACUGUUACAGUUCAAUGAACAAGAAAGGUGACCGGUUUGGAAACUGUGGCCAUCCCACUGCGGCUCAGCCAGGAUAUGUUCAGUGUGCAGAUGAUAACAUAUUUUGUGGGAAACUUAUAUGUACAGACGUUAGGUAUGUGUCAUCAAUCCAACCUCAGCAUACAGUGAUCCAGGUCCCUCACAAAGACGACUGGUGCUGGAGCAUGGAUGCCCAUAAUGGUUCCGACAUCCCUGAUUAUGGAGAUGUUCAGGGUGGCACUUACUGUGCUCCAAACAAAGUCUGCAUUAAUUACUCCUGCAUUCAUCACUCUGUGCUCAACUAUGACUGUAAACCAGAGGAAAUGUGUCAUGGGAAAGGAGUCUGCAACAAUUUAAGGCACUGCCACUGUGAGUUUGGCUUUGCCCCCCCUGACUGUCAAAAUCCAGGAAAUGGGGGUAGUGUGGACAGUGGACCCCCGGGUCCGCCAGGUGAUCGAAUUCCAAGUAUUGAUGAAAGUAAAAGUCAUAGAGUUAGUCGUGGUAAUGCGCACAGAGGUGUUGAGAGCAAGGAUGAAGACAAAAGCCUUGGGAAGAUAGUGUACAUAAUCCCUGUAUUUCUUUUAGCAUUAUUUUUAGGCCUAAUUAUUGUUGCCAGUAUUGGGUCUAGAAAGGAGAUAUCACAGUGCUCACAGGGUGACCUAGAAGAAACCUCCGAAGAGGUUGUACCAGAACAGGAUAUAGGCAAAGGACAGGAAGAACCAGAGUCAGAAAAGGAGUAG